GCCCCGGUGGUAUCCGCCCAUCUUCUCUGUUUAAAGGAGGCCGAGCUGAGCACAGAGCUAGGCCGCCACCAGGACCGACCGACCGCUGCAAUCUAAUGGAAAGUUCGAUCGAUUAAUUCAUCCACUUUGUGUCUGUUCCCGCUGGCUUCUGAUAACGAAGUAGAACCGAGUUAAAUGCGGAGGUUUGGGUGUGAAAUAGGACAUGCAGAGAUCGAGUGAAAGGAGAGGAUUAUCAGCUUGACUUUAUCUGGACGCGGAACUCUCCUCCACUCGAAAAGGUGAAUCAUGACAGAAUAUAAGCUGGUAGUGGUGGGAGCUGGAGGCGUUGGCAAGAGCGCACUUACCAUUCAGCUCAUCCAGAAUCACUUUGUGGAUGAAUAUGACCCCACCAUUGAGGACUCCUACAGAAAGCAGGUAGUGAUCGACGGAGAGACGUGUCUGCUGGACAUCCUGGACACUGCAGGUCAGGAGGAGUACAGCGCCAUGAGGGAUCAGUACAUGAGGACAGGGGAGGGCUUCCUCUGCGUCUUUGCCAUCAACAACACCAAGUCCUUUGAGGACAUUCACCACUAUAGAGAACAGAUUAAGCGGGUGAAGGACUCCGAGGACGUCCCCAUGGUGUUGGUGGGAAACAAGUGUGACCUCCCGUCUCGGACAGUGGACACCAAGCAGGCUCAGGACUUAGCACGCAGUUAUGGCAUUCCCUUUAUUGAGACUUCAGCCAAAACCAGACAGGGCGUUGACGAUGCCUUUUACACAUUAGUGCGAGAAAUCCGGAAGCAUAAGGAGAAGAUGAGCAAGGAGGGCAAAAAGAAGAAAAAGAAGUCCAAGACAAAGUGUACACUUAUGUGAAUAAUCAUCCCUUUUCAAGACAGACUAAAAAAAAAAGAACUAUGUUGAACAGUUAAAGUAAUACAUUUUGUACAUUACACUAAAUUAUUAGCCUCUUUCUCAAUACCCACCAUACUGAAUACUAAACCUGCCCCCCCCCCCUCCCUUUUAUUUCUGCCUUUCUAUUAUUUGCUACUUGGACACCGAUAAGCUUUAUUUCAGUUUAGUGCCAGUUGCCCACGUGUGUUGGUCCAACAGCCUGUUUGAUUUUAUAGGAUGAUGUUGAUUUGGAUAAUUGUUUUAUAUACCUGCAGAGCUGUGAGCUAAUUACAUCACAACUCAUGUUUGACAAAUUAUUCAUUAGCAGCUUAAAGUUUUGUUUUUUUCUUCCCCCCCUUUGCUUAAAAGGUCUGCAGAAGUUCUGUAAUGCCCUUUUUUAAGUUUGGGAUGCCAAAGAAUGAAUUUUCACCCCGAUUCUCGUAGACAAAACCGAUCUGAAGAACGGACCAACAUUCAGCCAGAUGAGAUCCAAAUGUCCCAGCCACUGUGUAAUGUUCCCGGUCGCUAAUGACCUCUAGAUAUGACUUAGUUAUGUCACUGAUAUAAGUAUGCAUGCGAACUCCUACUCUUCUCCGAAUGUUUUAACACCCUAAUUAGCUAUUAAUUAAUUUGUCAAUGCUUUGUACUGCGUGGGGGAGCGAUUCCUCGCCUACAUGAGAUGUUUCUUUUUUUUUUUUUUUUUUUUUGCAUGCAAUGUGUCCUAGAUGACAUGGGUAUUGCAAAACCGCCUCUGGUUGAUACAUUUAACAGAGCCAGCAACGAGGAACUCUGACCCAAGUGGACGUCAUACAGUCUUGUUUUUCAGGUUUAUGUAAAUUAAUCAUUACUUGCUUUAGUGAGAAAGAAAUUAGCCUUUUCUUUUAGCUUGAUUCAUGACAAAUUCAGAGAUCUGUAUUUUUACCCCGUUUUGGGAUGAUGAGCAGGACUAGCAGCCAGGUUUUGUGUUGCAGGGAUUCAUGCCUUCGUGACGAUCUUAAUGUCGAACAGCUUGUUUGACGUUACCGCUCACAUAUUUCCUGCUUUUCUUUACUCUAAAAGGCUUGACUGCAGGAUUGUUUUAAUUUAUCCUGACAAUAAUCAUUUCAUUGCUAUUUGUUACAAAACAAGUUCUCCCGUCAACAUCCUCUCCAUCGAGGCGUCAUAUUUAAACAGCACGAGGAUCCUUUAUCGGCUCGUUAUUCGAUGUCUGUUAGGUUUUAACAUUUGAGGAUUCUCCAGUCGCUAGCCAUAGAGGUGCACAUUUUCCUAAGCUGUUGGCUUGUGACAGAAUAGAAAGCUUCUUUUUAAGCAGCUUUCAGGAAUAUUUCUCUUGGUGUGGUGUCGCAGAGGUUGUUUCAAAAAUGUUGUCCCAAAUGGAUUUUCAGAUUCUUCCUUUUUUGCGGAGCUUUUUGAAAAGAGUUUUUUUUUUAUGGAUUAAUUUCCCUAAAGUGUUGAAAUAGUUUGGUGGGCUGCCUUUUCAACAGAAAUGAUUGUCCAGCAAAGUAAUUUGUCAUUUUUUUUCUCUCACAAAGCAUCGUGUGUCGUGGUGAUGUAACUGGAACUGAUGUUUGUAAAUGAGGCAAUAAUUGCCAUAAAAUUGGUUUUUAGAGAAAAUUGUCAGAAUUUAUUAAAAUAAAAAGAAGAAAAAAGUCCUAGUUUCUUUCCCAGGUCAGCCCGUAAUUUCCAUCGUAUUAACACGCUGUUCCCCUGGGGAUUUGUAUUUGCCUUUUUAUGUUUGCAUUAGGUGCUACAUUUAGACGGUAGAAAGAGCUGAGACAACAUUUACUUUGUCCCGUGUGCGCUCGACAAAUACACAAAAUGCGGUUUAUAGGGGAGCAGCGUUAUUGACACAGAAAAUCCAGACAUGAUACAUUUUGCUUUCAGGAUUAAUGAAUAUUAUUACCUCUUCCCCCCCCCCUUCCCAUGAAGUAGAUAAUAACUGUGAAUGCAAUUUUAAUUAUGGAACUCUCUUGUUAACAAUACUGUUUCAAAACUUAGUUUUACUGAAAUGUUUGAAAUGUUCCUCUUCCUUUUAUUGCGUGCCAACAGCUGAUUUCUGAAAUGUAUAUCAUUUAUAUACCUGGAUCAUAUUUUAACAACCUUUGUAUAGUUGUGAUACUGAAAGGUGCAUAUUUUGUAAAUUGUGCUUUCAUUUCGUUGGUGUGUCUAAAUGAAUGUUGCUUUAAUGGAGUUUGGCUCCGCUCUGUGUAUGUGAUUAGAGAGAGUGUGUGACUGGGUCCAGGUUCUAGGGAAGUGAAUGAAUGACCACUUUACAACACACACCUGUUGUGGGCAGUGUAGAGCGGUGAUCGGAUCUCAAAUGAGUCUAUUUUUUGCCAUGAAUCUCACCACUCCUAUUUAAUGUGUAAUAAAGAACAAAAGUAAAGAGGAA